AUGGCGCUUACGUGCGACAGGUAUAUAUACUAUUCUGUACGCAACAAUCAACUGUUGGUUGAUUAUUCGCACCUUUUUGGUUGUAUUGGCGCAGUGGUACAGAGCUCCGUCCUUACACAGAGUAGGGAUAUUUUAGGAGGCGCACGCGGCGCACGGGCAUCACGUGGUAAAUACCAUGCUCUAGCUCAGAUCGUUGAGUGGCUAAUGGCUUUUGGUAGGCGACUGUGCCUAGGGGAAUCAGGCCGCUUCCUAAAUAAUUUCAUUAUAUCCAUUAAGCCCAUAUCCAGUGUUCGCAUGGUUGUGGGAAAAAAAUUAGGAGUCAUCUUGAUAUUUGAAAUCGGCAUUCUGUCAACCUCCUACCAAGCACAGCAGAAGAAAAUAUAUAGGCGGAUAAAAUGCACGCGCGACACCUUCAUCUAUCAACCUCUACUAACGCAGGGAAAGCCUUCUGGUGAUCACAGAAUUCCGAAUGAAAUCUCCCUCCCUCGUGGGCUCCUCCGACUUCGUGUACGCAAAAACCUGCCUAGGUCUACUUUCUACGAUCAGGUACAUGCGAGGGCUUCCAACGGGCCGUACUACGGUCCGUACAAAGUGAACCGUAACGGUCACGUGAGCAGUACGAACGUACCGAGUUUGAAGUUUGUAUGGCGAUUUUGGAGGAGUAGGACGGCUCUGGCGAAGAGCGGCCUUGCGGGAGCGUUUAGGAGGUCUCGCAGACUGCAGAAGUUGAGAGCCCUCUACACCGCGUCUCCUGCCUUAUCCCGCGAUAUUGCAGCAGUUCCUAGAAGAUCAUAA